AUGGUGUUCAACUUCACGCACCCGUUGGUCAACGACACCCUUAUGUCGUUCGCCGACGUGGCCUUCGUCGUGGAGCGCGGCGCGGUCAAGUGGCUCUGGGCCUUUGACGGCGCCUGGCCCUUCGAUUCGCGCGCUUCGGGAUUCACCCUCACCGCUUCGCUCGAGCUCGAGGCCGCGGGGGUCACCGGCGUCGAGAGGCUCAAUGACCACCCGCGCCCCGGCCGCACCACCUACAGCGUCAACCACCACAGCAAAGACAACGGCAACAACAACGGAGGCAAGAGCCUGGAGGUCAAGUUCGUCGUGUUUGAUCGGGCCGUGUCCGACGGCGAGCUCGUCGACGUCGUGCACGCCGUUGAGCUUGUCACCACCGGCGGCGCGCAGGUGGCUCACUUCCACUUCACCUUCCCGGCAUUCCGCUACACGUUCGUCUACGACCCCGAGCUGGUGCUGGUGGUGCGCGAAGUCGACGGCGAGAGCUCGGCGUCGCCCGGCGGGCUCAUCGCCGGCAUCGUGGCGCUGGCGUUCAUCGGCGGCCUGGUCGGGCUGGCCGUGGUGCGGUCUGCCCUCGCCGCCCCGCCCGCGGACGAGGCCUAUCGUGGUCUGGGCGAGCUCGACCACAACCACGUCCUGGUGCCGACCGACGACAUCGAGCAGACGCCGCCGCCGCUGACCAAGGGCCGACGUCCCUCGUACGACGCGGGCGCCAGCGUCGAGCGAGAGGCGGCGCCAGGAAGAGCGAGCAGCAAGCGGUCGGUUGCGGGCGGCGGCGGUAGUGGCGGGAACAACCGCUAUCGCUACGACUACGAGGAGGAGGACGACAACUUCUACAGGGGCGAGGGGGACUUUGAGAUGGAGGUGCUCUCCCGGCCAACAGCCACAGCCGGGGCCAAGAAGCAGGCCCGAACCACACGGAUCAGGGCGCCCAGUCAGAGCAGCGGCAACAGCGCGGCCAAGGGCUCGAGCCAUACUGUGCGGGAGGAAGACGAUGAUGGCACCUACGACAGCGAGUUCAACGGACGCCAGACGCGGUCGGGCGGGAGGGCGGCGGGGGUGCAUCCCAACAGGCCCAGAGCCCCGACAGCGUACCAGUGGGAGGGGACCGAUGACGACACCACCUACCUAUCAUGA